UAAUACCCUAAACACAGAGAAAUCAAGUGUUUGGAAAACAAAUGAAGUAAAAGAAUUCCAUCCGAGGUCAUUGAUGAAAAAUUUCUGUACCACUUCUGUAUUACAAAAACAGCAGCAUCAUCAAUGAAGGUGAUGAUGACACAGGCUGAGUAAGAGAAAUAGAUUACCGGUAAGUCAACCCCCCAACACAGGAAGCAACUAGGAAUUUUUGUAAAAUGGGGUAUAAAAUAACGGCACCCCAAAGCACAUCUGUACAUCAUCUCCACUCUUGCGGGCUCAGAAUAUCAAGAAAGAGUUAACAACAAACAAGAAGAAUGAAUUUCUCUGGAGUCAUCUUUUCUGCUGUGGUCCUGCUUCUGCUUUCUGACUCUGCUCAAUGCAAAAGAGACUGCAAGUCUGAGUGCUGCUCGUUUGUGGAGGGCAUUCCCGCGAGACUGAAGGAGCUCCGCUCGUCAUAUAAACAAAUACUCAAGUUAUACGAAUCCAAUGACGACCUCGAAGCGUUAUUAGACAACAAUGUGCAAAAGAACAUCAAUGGUCCUCACGGAUGUCAUGUCGUGAACGACAUUUUGCGCUUCUACUUGGAAACAGUCCUGCCGACAGCCGUGAAGGACAACAAUGCGCACAUCAAAACGCCCAUCGACUCCAUUGGAAAUAUAUUCCAGAGUCUCCAGAGGGACAUGGUGAAAUGCAGGAUUUACCUUUCUUGCCAUAAGGCCUUUGAUAUCACCAGCAUAAAAGACUCAUAUGAAAAGAUGGAGGACAAGGGCGUUUACAAAGCAAUGGGAGAGCUUGAUUUGCUGUUUAAGUACAUUGAACAAUAUGUAGCAUCAAAGAGAGGCAAGCACUAAUAGGAUGACAGUGUGGGGAUUGGACGGAGGGCAUGAUGGACGUGCAUCUCACUACAGUCUGAUGCAGUGCCCGUCUCUCUCUCUGCUUCAGUUUAUGAACUUCUGGAAACAAUGACAAUUUCACAUUGUCAGUUUGACAGUGUUUUGCAUAGAUCUAAAACGUCGAAUGCUUUUUAAGUCACAUUGACCAGGAUAAAUCUGAAGAUUAGUUGCAUUUUGGCAACUUCAUGAAACUACUUGAAAUCUUUUUACUUUAUAUACUGAUAUUUAUAAAUCUUUUUAUUUAUUUUUUUAUGUUUUGCAAACUUAAUGUUUUUAUUUACGAUGCGUGUAUUUUAUUUUGUAAUGAAAUAGUUGAUCCAUUAUUGCAAAUAAAUGAACAAACAUUUCCUUAUUUGGUGCAUGUGGUUUGUCUUUCUCGUGUCAAGAUACAAGUCUGCUUUUUACUUCCUAGUCUUCGUCUCGAUGUUGAAUGUGCAAACCUACUCUUUGAAGUAGCAUGUGAUUUAAACAGUCCUCCUAUUAGCAUAUCAUAUAACACUUGUACAUAGGAUGUGUCAAAAUGAACAAGUGAGGUUUUUUAAAACAAGUCUCGUGCUAACCUCAAAAGUGACCUAAAUAGAGCAGUUACCAGCAACAGUGCAGUCAACCCUUUACUGUAAUACAGCGAUACAUGUCGCACCCUAAUGAGAUUAACUAUGUAACAGCUAACACAUGCAGUGGAACUUUAAACCUGCAGCUGUGGCGUUAACAUCUGAGUCAGCAAAAAGUCAUUUGCAUGGGAACAAGAAAAUAGUUUCAGUUGUCAUGUUAAAUGCUAAGCAAGGUCUGGAGUGGUUAGCUGGUUGCAAUUGAAAUUGAAAUGUUGUGCACAACAACAGUAUAGAGUGUUAAAUAUAGUGUUAUUACCAACAUUUACAAACAAACAGUCGUGGGCACAAGUCAGCUUCAGAGACAACAAACAAACAAGCAUUUGAUGACUAAAUAGAUCAUUUUCAAAGUGAAUCUAAAGUUGUCCUUUCUGCCAUCACGCCUGUUUAAAAUGAUAGAACACAGCGCACAAAAGAAGUUAUUUUGAAGAAAGAUGGUAACCGAACAGCACUGGACUCCAUUCACUUUUAUUGCAUGGACACAAAACCAAUGCAAGUGAA